GCCUUGGCAACACUGCGAAGGCGUGAGUGUUUUGGGAGCCUCAUUGAUUCCUGACUUCGCCGUCUCUUAUUAUAAUUCCAGAAUGUCGAAGGAACCCGAUCAGGAAUUAAAGAAGGCCUUCAUGGAACUUCAAGGAAAGAUGCAGGAAACCAACCAAAAAUUAAGAAUUGCAGAUGUGCAAGUAGAAAGUCUCAAAAAACAGAUUGUUCAUGCUCAACUUACAGACAAGGAAAUACAGAGUCUGGGAGAUAGCACAAGAGUUUACGAUAGUGUGGGUAGAAUGUUUCUUUUGACAGAUAUCCCACAGAUUCGAGAAAAUUUGAAAGCUAAGGUUGAAAAGUGUAAUGAGAAAAUUACCAGCUUACAGGCAAACAAGGAAUACUUGGAGCGCAGUAUGUCAGAGAGUCAAAAUAACUUGAGAGAAAUGAUCAAGCUCAAGCAGUCCAUGGGUGUGGCUUAGAGGGCUGGCGCAGGUUUUAUGUUCUUUAUAAAAAUCAUCAUUAAUCUCAACUAAUUAUUCCCAGGUGUUGUAAUUAUUUGGCAAUUAUUAAAACAACACUUGUGGAAAAUUGCAGAAAAUGUCUCUGAAAAUACGUAAAUUCUUUCCCCCCCUUGUGAUUUGGAUAUAAGUUUGACUGAAUUGUCGCUUUUACAGUGGGUGAUAGUUCAAAAGCACUGUACUUAUUGAGAAUCACUUCAGAAAUUUUGUGUAAAAGAUCCUCUAUUGAAUACUUUUACUCUAAAUAUUAGA